GGCCGAAUGGCUCAGGAAAAUCGUCCCUAUUUAGGCUAUUGGGAGGUGCAAAUUGAAUAUUUAGUCGAAAGGGAAUCGUGGGAUUCGGUACAGGACUGGCACGACGUGCUCAGUGGUGGUGAGAAGCAAAGAGUAGCACUGGCCAGACUUUUAUACCACAAGCCGUUGUUUGCAAUUUUGGACGAAUGCACUUCAGCU